CCCCUGAACGUCUGCAGACCUGGCCGCCGCCGAGCUGUAGUGGGGGACCAGGCUGGCCCUACCUGCCGGUACUUGACGUGAAUGUCGGAAAACAUCUUUCGGGAAAGCUCUCUGGGGCAGGGAGCUCCCUGGAGAAUUGAAAUUGAGAAAGAAUCUCUCAGACACAGAAUUCCAUCCCCUCCCUGCUUCAACUGGGCAGCCUCUUCAGACUCCCUCUACCCAGAAUGGCAGGAAAGUCUGGAUCCUUGGCCUAUCAUGUUCCAAAAGAACAAGAAGGACUCAUAAUUGUGAAGGUUGAAGAAGAAAAUUAUGUCUGGGGGCAGGACCUUGGCCUUCCAGGAAAUGCCUGUAGCCAGGAUGCCUUCCGCCAGCGGUUCAGGCAGUUUGGUUACUCUGACUCUGCGGGGCCCCGGGAGGCUCUGAGCCGACUCCGAGAACUUUGCUGCCUGUGGCUGAGGCCGGAGGUGCACAGCAAGGAGCAGAUCCUGGAGCUGCUGGUGCUGGAGCAGUUCUUGGCCAUCCUGCCGGAGGAGCUGCAAACCUGGCUUCUAGAGAAUAGACCAGAGAGUGGAGAGGAAGCUGUGGUGAUGCUGGAGGAGCUGGAGAAAGAGCUUGAUGAGCCAAGGCAGCAGGACACAGCUCAUGCCCAAGGAAUGAUCUGGAAGGAAAUGACAUCCGUAGGAGCACUGAAGUCACUGAGUGUCCACCUCCAGCCCUUGGAGAAUCAGCACAAGAGUGAGACUCAGGAACCCCAGGCUUUCUCUGAGAGAGAUGGCAAUUUGGUGGCUGACAAAGUAUUGACAGCGAAGCAAGACAUUAUUGAAUGUGGCUUGUCAGCAGCCAUGAUGGCCCCUGGACAACGCCCUGGGGAGACUCCUUCAGGACAGACAGUUGGAGAAGCUUUGGGAGGUCUGGAUGACUUUGAUAAGCCAAAAGGAAAUGCUGCAGGGAACAAAGUGAGUCAACUCCCUUUCCAGGAAAAGCAUUUUAGCCUGCCAAGCUUCAACAAGAAUGUCUUCACAGAAGAGCAUGUCCUGGAACAUGAUGGAAAUGAAAGAAGUCUCAGUCUGAACUCAAAUAUUAUAGUGCAACCGAGAAUUCACACUGGGGGAAAGCUCUACCAGUGCUUUGACUGUGGGAAAGCCUUUUGCCAGAGCUCAAAGCUGAUUAGACAUCAGAGAAUUCAUACUGGAGAGAGACCUUACACUUGCAAAGAAUGUGGCAAAGCCUUUAGUUUGAGCUCAGACCUUGUUAGACAUCAGAGAAUUCAUAGCGGUGAAAAACCCUAUGAAUGCUGCGAGUGUGGUAAAGCUUUCAGGGGCAGCUCAGAGCUUGUCAGGCAUCGGAGAAUUCACACUGGAGAGAAACCUUAUGAAUGUGGUGAAUGUGGGAGAGCUUUCAGCCGGAGCUCAGCCCUUAUUCAGCAUAAGAAAAUUCACACUGGAGACAAAGGCUAUGAAUGUAUUGAAUGUGGUAAGGCUUUUGGUAGAAGCUCUAUCCUUAUUGAACAUCAGAGAAUUCACACUGGCGAGAAACCUUAUGAAUGUAAUGAAUGUGGAAAAUCCUUCAAUCAGAGCUCAGCCCUUACUCAACACCAGAGAAUCCACACUGGGGAAAAGCCUUAUGAGUGUAGUGAAUGUAGGAAAACAUUUAGGCAUAGAUCAGGCCUCAUGCAGCAUCAGAGAACUCACACCAGAGUUUAACUCUGAGGGUAAGAGUUGUACAAUUGUGAAAUACUAGAACUUCACUUCGGGGGUAAGACUCCACAGAAGAUGGAGAUUUCCUGAGAGCAGAAUUCCUGUCCUUUCAGUGCAAUUAAUUAUUGUAAGAGUAGAUCCACACGAAGGUGUUGCUGAAGUGUUGAAUGAGUACCUUCACGGUAAAUCCAGGCUGGGGGAGAGAUCCUGAGAGGGCUCCUUAUACGAUGGGCUAAGAGGUAGUGAUGCCCCUAAUGGCAAGGAUCCCUGCCCCGCAAGAGCAUCUGUGCAUUUGGGAGGUGGAGGCACAUGCUGAGAGUUAUUCAGUCCUUUGAAAUGUUGACUUAUGCCCUGGAUCAGUUUAGUAGUAUCUGGGGAAUGUUAGCUCAUUCUGCUCCCUUGCCUGUUCUCUCUUCAGCCCUGAGCUUCCUGUUGGGUCAGUUGAAGUCUGCUUAUUUAUUGAGCACCUGCUGCAUGUUAGCCAUCAGGGACAGUCAGGCCAUUGCUUUCCCAGAAUUAAGAGCUAAUGGGAGGGAGUUCCCGUCGUGGCUCAGUGGUUAACAAUCCGACUAGGAACCAUGAGGUAGCAGGUUUGAUCCCUGGCUGGCUCGGUUGGUUAGGGAUCUGGCGUUGCCUUGAGCUGUGAUGUAGGUCGCGGAUGUGGCUUGGAUCCCUUGUUGCUGUGGCUCUGGCAUAGGCCAGCAGCUAUAGUUCCAAUUGGACCCCUAGCCUGGGAACCUCCAUAUGCCGCAGGAGCGGCCCUAGAAAAGGCAAAAAAAAAAAAAA